GAUGGACAAGUAAAAAGAUAAGAAAUGAAAAAAACGGAAACCUUUUUACUCAUGAAGAGGCUUCGGUCCUCGCAACCUAAAACAAGUAUCAAAUCCUCUCCAUUUUGAAGUUAAGAGGAAGAUCAAUACUUUGGUCGAUCUUUUCCCCCAAGGAGGAACAAAAAGAUGGGUUCUCAUGUUCUUAAGUCUCCCAUUACCUUGCGCUCUUACAGCAGCUCCCUCGUGGGCUUCUUCUCCAACUCUCGCAAUCCUCUUCUCUCUGUGAGAUGGGUUAAAGCAGGAGAAGCCAGUUCUGUCAGAUGUCUUGCUUCUGCUAUACGUGGGAAGAACAAGAAGCAGAGACUGGAUGAGGCAUGUCUCGAAAGGUAUCAGGAAUACAGUCGCACUCUAAUACAAUCAUGGAUUCUACAAGGCAAAGUGCUUGUGGAUGGGAAAAGAGCUAGUAAAGCUGGGAUGCCUGUAGGAAAUGAUGUAUCCAUAAAGAUUACAGCUGAGGUUCCCAAAUACGUAUGUAGAGGUGGGCUGAAGUUGGAAGCUGCAAUAGAGAAGCUAGAUGUUGAUGUUUCUGAGAAAGUGGUUCUUGAUUCUGGACUUUCUACUGGAGGGUUUACAGAUUGUUUGCUUCGUUAUGGUGCAGCUCAUGUGUAUGGUGUGGAUGUUGGUUAUGGUCAGGUUGCGGAUAAAAUUCGUAAUGACAAGAGAGUGACUGUUAUGGAAAGGACAAAUGUGAGAUACCUCCCAGGUCUCCCACAGAAAGUCGAUGUAGUGACACUUGAUCUCUCAUUCAUUUCCAUUCUCAAGGUGAUGCCAGCUGUUAUGAAUGUGAUGAAUGAAGAUGCAACUUUAGUUACCCUAGUUAAGCCUCAAUUUGAAGCUCGACGAUCACAGGUUGGGAAGGGUGGUAUAGUGAGAGACCCUGAAGUACAUCAGGAGGUUCUUGAGAGGAUAAUAAAUGGUGUUGAGAGCUGUGGAUUCACCAACAAAGGGUUUAUCGAAUCUCCCAUCAAGGGCGCCGAUGGAAACAUAGAGUUCUUGGUUCGCUUCGACCGAGGGACUGUUAAGAAAACCGAAGAAGAAGAGUAGUACUAGACUUUAUAUAUCUUCAUUGCUUGGGGAAAUACUAUUGUUUAUCGUCACUCCUCAUUUUAAAACUAUUUUUUUUUUUUGAUGAUAUCAUUUAUCCCAAAGAUAAAUUCCAAAGUAAUCUCAAGUUAAAUUA